AUGCGGAUGGUAACAUAUUUUUGGGUGCAUUUAUUGAGUUGUGUUCUAAUUUCGACAGUCAUUGGUGACUAUGAAUAUGUCAAAGAAAUGGGUUUUAAAUUUUGGCUUCAUCCUGGUAUUGAAGAAUGUUAUCAUGAAUUAUUAGAAAAAGGAUCAAGGUUAUAUUUUAUGUAUGAAAUUUUAAAUGCUAAUACACCUGAAGAUAGUAUUAUUGCUUAUUUUCGAAAUACGUAUACUAGAAGUAUAACUAUGUUAUCAAAAACACCUCAGCAUGGUCAUCUUGAACUUACAACAAAUGAAACAACAUUAGUUGAUAUUUGUAUGGAUCAUGGAACAUCGGAUACUUAUGCUAAAUAUAUAUCUGUCUAUUUUCAUGUUUAUCAUGUUGAUAAAGCUUUAGCUAAAAUUGAAGAAAGUCAAAAUUUUGAUAAUUCAUCAAUAAAUGUUCAUAAAUCUUUAGAUUCAAUAACUUAUAAUAUAAUUAUUUCACGUGAACAUCAAAUUGAACUUGAAAUGAUUAAUCAAAAAGAUUUUUUUUUAAUUGAAACAAAUUUAUUUUGGAUUAAUCAAUGGGCAUUAAUUCAUAUAUUAAUAAUAUGUAGUUGUUUUUUAUUUCAAACAUAUUUUAUUAAGGGUUUAUUUAAAAUAUCAAGAAAAUAA